AUGGGGUGCGCGGAGGGCGGGGAGGUGUACGAGAGCGGCAGAGUGGUGGGGUACGGCGAUGGGGAGAGCGACACCACCAUGAGCCACCUAGAUGAAGGGCUUGUGGCCAGGCGUGCAGCAGACCACGCUGCUUUGGAGUCUGCUGCCGCGGCUGUGCUCGCUGCUGUGGCUGCUGGCGGGGCUGCGAGGCAAGCUUUGGAGGUUUAUGACAGUCGGGUGCAUGGGCAGGAUGCGUCGAGGCAGCAGGAGGGGGAGGUGGGAGGGGAGAGGUUGGGUGGGGAGAUUGAGAUAGGAAUGAUGAGUGAGGGGAGUGAGGAGGGGCAGGCAGCAUAA